AUGGCUAAAACGGCACAGAACAAUCAGAAUGGGGGAGCAGGAGGAGCUCCUGAUGAGUUUCGGGCUUUGGGAAAAUUUCAGAGGAACAAUCCACCAACUUUCAAGGGUAGCCAUCACCUAGAGGGUACACAGGAAUGGCUCAAAGUAAUUGAGAAGAUAUUUCGAGUGAUGGCUUGCACAGAGGCUCAGAAGGCACAAUUUGUUACUCAUAUGUUGUUAGAGGAAGCUGAGGAUUGGUGGGAUAACACGCGUCAGAUAUUGGAAGUUAUUGGUACGGAGAUAACUUGGGUUGUGUUCAGAAAAGAAUUCUUGGAGAAGUAUUUCCCCGAGGACGUUCGUGGAAAAAAGGAGAUGGAGUUCCUUGAGCUAAAGCAAGGGAACAUGACUGUGGCAAAGUAUGCUGCGAAGUUUGAGGCGCUGGUGAAGUUUUGUCCCCAUUACAACCGUGAUGAUGCUAAGACUUCUAAAUGUCUCAAGUUUGAGAAUGGGCUGAGACCAGAAAUCAAACAAGGAAAUGGUGUUUCCAAUUUGUUGUUCUUUGUUCCUUUUGGUUUGGCCAGGUUUUGGUGCUAUUGUGUUUGGACAACUUUUGGACAGAAAAUGCAAGGCAAGUAUGCUGAACUGGUGAAUAAGAGUAGAAUCUAUGAUGAGGAUAGCAGAGCCCGGUCUGCUUACUAUAAGAGUAUAAGUGAGAAGAAAGGAAAGGGACAAUUUAGAUGGAAACCUUAUGUAACUCCAGCUGACAAAGGGAAGCAGAAGGCUUCAUAUGGGAGGAAGACAAGUGGGGGAGGGGCUCCCGCUUCUGUCAAGUGCUUCAAGGGUGGUGGGUUGGGCCACUGUGCUAAUGAAUGGUCAUAUCAGUACACAAUGUUAGAAGCCAAAGAAGACGGCCGCUACUGCUGCCCAUAUUAA